ACAGUCCUAGAAAAUUCUGAGUACAAGCAUGCGUUCAAAGGAAUCAUACAACCUCUCGUGUGUCAACAUUUUUAAAAGGUGUACACUAUAGGUCCUAUUUUUGACAGAAUACGAAACUCAUUUAUAAAUUCUUAUUGUGUCCAUAUAAGCAAUUAUUAGGAUGUAGUCGAUUUGUUUAAUUCCAUAUCGAAGCUGGUGAAAAUCAAUAUGGCUGCCGAAGGCUUAAGAUCGACGGAAUAAAUGAUACUGUGUGUUAAAUUGAAUAUUUUCUGUACAAUUACGAAUAAAUGUUGGAAAACACAUAUUAAGAUUAUACCAUGGGAUUUAUUAUGUUAUUGGAAUACUUUUCAUCGAAAUGUUAGUACAGAGCAAUAGAGAAAGAAGAAAAUGGUGUAGAUAACAGUAGGUCAAACUGACAUUCAUCAUGGAUAUGCUGGAGGAAGAAGAAGAUACAUCCCCUUUCGUCCUCUUCACCCCAGAAUCUCUGGCUACCAUUCACGCCAAUAUUAAUGAUCUAAAGGCUAUUAAAAAGGCUGAUAAACAGGCGGCUGAAGAGGGAGAGGAGGAGGAAUUACCUCACCAUGAAGAAGAACCCAAACCAGAACCUAAAUUUGAGGCUGGUAAGAAACUACCUAGAGAAUUGAUUGAUGACUUUCCUCCAGAAUUUGUCGGUAAACCAAUAGAAGACCUUGAUGAGUAUUAUGAUCCACAUAUGACAUUUUGUGUUAUAGGAAAAGACAAAACCAUAUACCGAUUUAGUGCUACAAAUGCCCUGUUUCUCCUGAGUCCUUUCAACCCUUUCCGAAGAGGAGCUUUAUAUUUAUUAGUUCAUCCUCUGUUUAAUGCCCUUGUGAUUAUAACAAUUAUUGUCAACUGUGUCUUCAUGGCCAUGCCGGAGGAUAAAAAUCACGGAGAGUAUAUUGAAUAUGUGUUUACGGGAAUUUAUACAAUAGAAGCAGUUGUUAAAAUUACAGCAAGAGGUUUUAUUCUUAAACCUUACACCUACCUUAGAGAUUUGUGGAAUUGGUUGGAUUUUACUGUUAUAUCUUUAGCAUAUAUAACCAUGGGUGUUGACCUAGGUAACCUUUCAGCACUUCGAACAUUUCGAGUUCUUCGGGCUCUUAAGACUGUUGCCGUGAUACCAGGGCUGAAAACCAUUGUGGGUGCCUUACUUGAGGCCGUUAGACGGCUACGUGAUGUCAUAAUACUUUCAAUCUUUAUGUUAUCCAUUUUUGCCUUGAUUGGAAUGCAACUUUAUAUGGGAGCGUUACGUCAUAAAUGUGUAAAAUUGGCUCUUAACGAAAGCGGUGCACAAAACACGAACAUGAGUGAAACUGAAUGGUUUGAAUGGAUAAUGGACGAAGAAAACUGGGAGGUUAAAGGCGGUGACGAGUUUACUAUGUGCGGAAAUGCCACCGGGGCUGGAAAAUGUCAAGACGGAUAUAGAUGUAUUAAUGGCACACAUUCGAAUCCGAACUACAAUUACACUCACUAUGACAAUUUUGGAGUGUCUCUGCUGUUAUCCUUUAGACUAAUGACGCAAGAUUACUGGGAAAAUUUAUACCAACUGAUUUUGCGAGCAGUAGGUCCUUGGUAUUGUUUAUAUUUCAUGAUAGUGAUAUUCCUAGGAUCGUUUUAUCUCGUAAACUUGAUUUUAGCUAUAGUUGCUAUGUCGUACGACGAAACCCAGAAACAAGACCAAGCUGAUGCCGAAGAAGAAGAAGAAGGGAAAAGGAAAUACCAAGCUUCACAAAGACAGAAAAAGAUGGAACAGCUUGAACAAGAAAGACACGAACAUGACAAGAGAGAGCUCAUCGAGAUGCUUACAAAGGAGCCAUCAGAUAUUACAGGCAGUUUACAUGAUAUAAAUGACGACGAAAGAGAGUCUAUCAAGUCAGAAAAGCCGACUGCAGUCGAAAAUCAUUUAAGCGUAUCGAAGCCAUGUUCAAGCCUUCCUAGUUCUCCAUUUUCUCGUCGCAGCAGCUGGAGGAUGAAAUAUGCCAAGCACUUACCACCUUCACACCCAGACCAUCAACCCCUAGUGCCACCAUUUUUAGAUAUUCGGAACAACCUACCUUACGCAGAUGAUUCAAAUGCAGUUACGCCAAACUCUGAUGAUCUAUGCACAUUACCUAUUAAUAAACAGUUUUUAACUGCACGAAGAAGUAGUUUUGCUUCAAUAGGUCGCCGUUCACAUGGUGGUGACGGGCGGGCGUCCUCGAGACGCAGCAGUUAUGCUUCACUAAUAAGUAGGGCUUCAAGAGCAAGCAUACGUUCACGUGAACACCCAAGAUCCCCAAAAGAUAAAACAGCAAAAUUGUUAGAACGUUGGGCCAAGAAACAUCCACAUCUGUUACCUGAGGUAAUUGUGGAUAAAACUAAAUCUGAUGAAAAUGAUUCGACUGCAGGAUCAGAAUUUGACGGAGAAAAAAAGAAGGCAGACCACAACACUGUUUGUAGAACUUCUAGUGGAAGGACUGUUGAUGUACAAGAUGUAAUGGUAUUGAAGGAACUUCUAGAGCAUGCAUCAAGUCACAGACCAAGUAUAUUCAGUGAAGGCAGUUUUGAAGAAGAGAAAAUGAUAAAGAAAUUACAACGUAUUUUCUGUAGUUGGACAUGCUGUCCUGCAUACCUAACGUUCCAGAAGAUUGUUGCACUUUUUAUCUUAGACGCCUUCAUUGAUUUGUUUAUUACGAUAUGCAUCUUAGUGAAUACAGGAUUUAUGGCUGCGGAUCACUAUGGAAUGACGAGAGAAAUGAAAAUGUUUUUGGAAGCCGGAAAUUUGGUAUUUACUGGAAUAUUUGCUGCUGAAGCCUUCCUGAAAAUAAUAGCCCUAAACCCCAUGGAAUAUCUUAAAGAUCGCUGGAAUUGCUUUGAUAUAGUAAUUGUUAUUUUGAGUUUCGUGGAGUUGGCACUAGAAGGUGUUAAAGGCUUAUCUGUACUGAGAAGUUUUAGAUUGCUUCGUGUAUUUAAACUAGCGAAAUCCUGGCCUACUCUUAAUAUGUUAAUAAGUGUAGUAGCAAGAACUAUGGGCGCUUUAGGAAAUCUUGUAUUUGUAUUGGGAAUAGUGAUAUUUAUAUUUGCUGUAAUGGGCCAGCAGCUGUUUGGUGCAAGCUAUGAAAGGUAUGGAAAUCCAAAUGAAACCAUUGCUAGUUUAAGAGACUCAGAGAGACCUAGAUGGCAUUUUAUGGACUUUUUGCAUUCCUUUAUGAUAGUUUUCCGUGUGUUAUGUGGAGAAUGGAUUGAAUCAAUGUGGGGGUGUCAACGUGUUUCAGGAUGGCCUUGUAUUCCCUUUUUCCUACUGACGUUUACCAUCGGCAAUCUUGUGGUUUUGAAUUUGUUUCUUGCUUUGCUGUUGAGCUCAUUUAGUAACGAUAAUGUAGACCCAAGCCCAGCAGAUGCAGAACCCAAUAAAUUGGCAGAAGCAAUAAGUCGUUUUGAUAGGUUUUUUAGAUGGAUUAAAGUGAAAACUAUAGUGAUUGCAAAAAGUAUCAAAGGUCGGUUAGUGACAAAACCAAAACCUCCAGCCUUACCACCAUCAUCACCGGAAGUAUCCCGUUUUGAUAUGAACGGAAAAGACAGCAUGGUUGAUGGUCAUCAAGUCAUUGGUAUUAAUGGUUCCAUAGAUCCCCAGAACUUUGAUGACCAUCCCAAACUAACAAAAACAGACACAGCGACAGUUGAAAUAAUUCCUGAUGGAAUGCCUGAUACCAUUGAAGGUGAUAAUGCUUCAACAAAAUCUGCCAGUCGAGCCUCUUCCAUCAAAAGUAAACAUUCAGAUGAUUCUAAAAGUAUUAGUAGUAGCUCAACAUCAGAUGAUGAAGACUCUAAAAUAAGCUUAAAGAAAGUAGAUGCAACAGGUGAACCAGAGAUUAACGAUGUUGAGGCUGUUUUUGCUAACCAGCCAGAUGAAUGUUUCUGUAGUAUCUUUAGAAAGAACUGUCCGUGUUGUAUUCGCGUAGAACACACAGCAAUUGGGAAAAAAUGGUGGUCCCUUAGAUGUAAAGCUUACGCUAUGGUGGAACAUAAGUAUUUUGAAACAUUCAUUAUAACAAUGAUCCUUGCAAGUAGUUUAGCCUUGGCACUUGAAGAUGUGUAUCUGCGUGAACGUCCGGUGCUGAGGGAAGUUUUGAAUUACUUUGACAAAUUUUUCACAGUCAUCUUUAUAUUAGAGAUGUUGCUAAAAUGGGUUGCAUUUGGGUAUAAAAAAUACUUUACAGAUGCUUGGUGUUGGCUGGAUUUUGUAAUUGUUUCUAUAUCUAUCAUAAUGUUAGUUAUUGAAAACUUGCCACAAGAGGAGGGACAAAAAGGUGACGGUGUAGGUUCUUUAAAGGCACUGAGAACAUUACGAGCGUUGCGACCACUGCGUGCUGUGUCCAGAUGGGAAGGAAUGCGGGUGGUUGUGAAUGCAUUGAUAAAAGCUAUUCCAUCUAUUGCAAAUGUGUUGUUGGUGUGUCUUGUCUUCUGGCUGAUCUUUGGAAUUGUUGGAGUCCAAUUCUUUAACGGAAAAUUUCACAGAUGUGUUGAUUCAGACAAUAUCAGACUACCACGGAACAUAGUAGCUCAUUAUAAUGAUUGUAUCCUAAAUCAAAAUGAAACCGGCUAUAAGUGGGUCAAUCCAGAUGUCAAUUUUGAUACUGUCUUUAAUGCAUAUCUGGCCUUGUUUCAAGUGGCAACAUAUAAAGGAUGGACCCUUAUUAUGGAUGAUGCCAUAGAUACUCCAACAGAAAUUGGUUUUCAACCUGGUGAUGAGAUCAAUGUCUAUAUGUACCUUUAUUUUGUCCUGUUUAUAAUUUUUGGGUCAUUCUUCACAUUGAAUCUCUUUAUUGGUGUCAUCAUUGAGAAUUUCAAUCAGCAAAAGAAAAAGGCUGGAGGCUCGUUAGAAAUGUUUAUGACAGAAGACCAGAAGAAGUAUUACAAAGCAAUGAAGAGAAUGGCCAGCAAGUCACCACAGAAAUCUAUUCCUAGACCUGAUUUUUGGCCAAUGGGAAAGAUGUAUGAUCUGGUUACUAAUCAAGCGUUUGAUAUUGGAAUCAUGAUUGUGAUAAUGUUAAACAUGCUUACAAUGACACUAGAACACCACAACAUGACUGAAACGUUUUCAACCGUUUUACAAUAUAUAAAUAUGUCAUUCAUCGUUGUUUUUACCGUAGAAUGUGUGCUCAAACUUUUAGCUCUUCGCUGGUUUUACUUCAAGAUUCCUUGGAAUGUGUUUGAUUUUGUUGUAGUUGUUUUAUCUAUAUUAGGUGUUGCAAUCAAGGAUGCUAUGGAGGCUUUACUUGUACCGCCGACUUUACUUCGUGUAGUAAGAGUCUUCCGUGUUGGUAGAGUUUUACGAUUAGUUAAAUCUGCCAAGGGUAUUCGAACAUUAUUGUUUUCAUUGGCCGUUUCUUUGCCUGCACUUUUCAAUAUCGGCUUAUUGCUAUUUUUAGUGAUGUUUAUUUAUGCAACGUUUGGAAUGAGCUUUUUCAUGAAUGUAAAACAUACUUAUGGCCUAGAUGAUACAUUCAACUUUGAAACAUUCGGGCGUAGUAUCAUUAUGCUUUUUCAAAUGUGUACAUCUGCAGGGUGGAGCGAUACCCUAGCAGGUUUAAUAAAUGAAAAUGUAGGGAAUAAAACUAAUGAUUGUAAUCCAAAUGCUGAUCCACCAAACUGUGGUUCUUACGGUAUUGCUGUUGCUUAUUUAGUAUCUUAUCUCAUUAUUAGCUUUUUAGUGGUUGUUAACAUGUAUAUUGCCGUCAUAUUGGAAAACUUCAGCCAGGCAACUGAAGACGUACAACACGGAUUAACUCCUGACGACUUUGAUAUGUAUUAUGAAAAAUGGGAGCAUUAUGAUCCGAAUGCAACUCAAUUUAUUGAUUUGGAUAAAUUGUCGGAUUUUGUUGACUAUUUGGAGGAACCUCUACGACUUCCUAAACCAAACCAUUUCAUGUUAGUUAAACUUGAUAUUCCAAUUUGUGAUGAUGAUAAAAUGUAUUGUAGAGAUAUAUUAGACGCAUUGACUAAAAACUUCUUAGGUUCGGAUAACUUAGAUAAUACAGACAUGGGAGUUAAUCCGUUACAACAAGAUAAAGCAAAAGUGGAAUAUAAUGUUGUCAGUUCUACCAUGAAAAGACAAGUAAUGAAUUAUGCAGCAAGGGUCAUUCAAAGAAGAUGGCGGAAAUAUCAACACGUACGAGGGGAUUUACCGCCUCCACCACCAUCCUACAACGAGGCGACUCAAAAUGUUUCUCAGGAAGAACAAAAGGAUGAACAAGCAGAAAAUGAUAUAGAAAUAGUAAUAUCACCAUCAGAAAACAGAACAGUAGAAUUAGGACCUGACAGUGACGUGGUUGCAUGAUGAGAAAUUUUAUUUCUUUUUUACAAGUCAGUUAACUUUCACUUCAUACGUGAAAUAAAAUAGGAAUGCUGGAAUUUUUUUCACCAUGCGGUGAUUGUGCUUUAUGCAGUUUAGAUAGUAAAUUUACCAAAAUACGUGAAAUGUUUGUCAGAGCAAUUGAUUGGCAUAAAUUAUACUCAUACACUGAACGUCUUUCCAUUAGCCUGGUACUGGGAUGCAAUUUAUAAAUUGUUAUGUACAUAUUUUUUUUCAAAUAUUAUCUCUUAUUAGCAACUAAAUAACGUUAAAUCUUAAUAUUCUCAGAACUGAUUUCUGUUACUACACCCAAAGUAAGUCACAAUAUAUAUAUAUAUAUAUAUAUGAGCCAUUUCCCUCAAAGUCUUGUUUUUAAAACUUAAAAUAUGUCUUUUAACAACAAAAAAUACAUGUUGCUAGGUACUGCAAGUUGUUCUUGGUGAUAUAGAAUAAGUCAAAAUACUAUAUACCGUGUAGCCGAUAAAUACUUUCACCGCUUUCUUGAUUGGAAAGGAUGACAUUUUGGAUAAAUAUACCGGAGACAGAACAGAACCUCUUUAUUAUAAAUUUACUGCAAAACCUUUUUAAUUAAGAUAACGGAAUAUUAAUAGUGUUCUUAUAAAAAUAAGAAGAUGUGGUAUGAUUGCCAAUGAGACAACUCUAUACCAGAGACCAAACGAUGCAGAAGUAAGCUUGUUAUAUUUGUGAUAGCGAUUUAACUACGCAAUCCGUAAUAUUAUGGAAUCCUAAAUUAAUCUUCAUUAUCUGGGCUACUGCAUAUUCUUAAUAACAUUUGUUUCCUUUCAUAAAGCUUUAAGCAAUAAGCAGAGUUUGAUUUGUGACUUUUAAAUUUUUUUUAUUCGUUUAUAGAAACCAGUUCUGUGAAUUUCUAUAAUAAAGUUGGUUGUUAUUUAAAUGAUUAUUGACGUUUCAGUCAUCAUCGAAUGUAUGUCAUGAAUUUUUUUUAGCUGUUAUCAUUUCAUAACUAAUGAAAUUGUUGUUUGACUGAAAUC